GCUGCUCAAGGGGAGCACCCCGAGGGUAGGCCACGUGACACGCGCGCGCCUGCGGCCGCGGAGCAAGUGGCGGCGCCGCUGCAUUUCGGGGCGGGCGCCGGUUGUGUCCGGGUGACUCUGUGACUGAGGGGAGGACUCUGGCCGCGCGGCAGCGCGCGCAUGGAGGCGGUCGGGCAGCGCGAGCCUCCGGGGCGCCUCCUCCUCCCAGAGCAGCGGGUGAGGGGAAAACGGCCACGGGACAGGAGAGAGAGAAAGAGGCUCUGGAGUUCACGUGCAGGGGGAGGAAACACGUGUUAAGCUUGUGCUCACCUUCGAAAUGUCCAGCUACUUUUUUGGGAGGGUGAGGAAGGAGGUCUCACGAACAGCUGUCGAGCGGGUCCUUUACAACCUUUGUUUUUGGUCAUGCCCCACCUAAGCAUCUCUCAAAUCCUAAUGCUUCACAUAUCCUAAUGCUUCCUAAAUUCUUCUUAUUCAACAGGUGAACUCCUCUUCACGUGGAGGAAGCCUAAAAUGCCAUUCACUGAGAUAUUAUUUUCGAAUUGCCCCCCCUGGUUGGGAAUCACAGCUUUAACAUGUAAAAGGAAACCUGGAUGCCCCCCCCCCCCAAAGAGGACAUUAGGUGGGGGUGUGGCAGGCUUCUGUUAGGAGGAGCAGAACUUCAGUUUGUUGAAGUGUUUCUAUUGAUUUUUAAUACUUUUUUUGGGGGGGCAACUGCCCCUCGUGGGUUAUGCCCAGGUCCCCCAACAAGGGGGAAUUGAGAAUUGCUGAAUUGGAAGGAAACCUGUGAGGGUUGUCGAGUCCAACAUUGUGCUGCUACUCUUGUUCUGGCAAAAUGUGGGGCGGGGAGGUUGGGGGAUGGGUUUUUUAAAUAAAGAAAUUGAUACUGAAGUGAUUUCAAAGCAUAGGUGCCAAGGUCCACGCCCCAAUAAAAUAUUUGAGGGGGCCAGGCUACCCCAAAGUUGUUGGGCAUUGCCAUUCAGAUUGUAUGUGCUGUGUCUAGCGAUGGAUUAUGUUUUAUUCAAGUUGUCACUCUCCCUUCAAAGCAAUCCGUUGCAAGCUGUUGCAGCCUAACAGGAUGGCUGCUCUGAAGUUUGUCACACACACGUGCACACAUGCAUACACAUGAAAUUGUAAAUAUGUCUUGUGCUUGGCUACGCACAACUUGAAUGCAUGACCUUUCGCACACCCUUUCCAACACAUGCAUUUGGAGAGGAUCCCUAACUUGGCAGAGAGAGAGCUCUGAAAUACAGGACAAAACUGUUGUGAAUACAGGACUAGCAUUUGACAUUUAAAUAUGGGACAGUCCUGCAUUAUACAGGACAGGUGGCAACCCUAAAAUGCAGGAACAUGAGGUUCCCCAUCCCAUUUGAAACCAUACCGGACCCUGCUUAGCUUUGCAAAUGUGCUAGUGGUUUUAUUGCUGGAGACUCACAUUUCCUCUGCUCUUGUAAAGAACAGUUUCCCAGGGUACCGGCUUUUUCUUGGAUGAAGUAAGGUGGAGUUCAAACUUCUAUACAGUCCUCCAGAAUUAUUAUUACGUUUUGGAGGGAGUGGAAAUUAAUAUGGGCCUUUCUGCAUCUGAGGCAUUUUGUAUUAUUCUGGGGAUUGCUGGAUAAAUUAUUUACUUUCUGAGGGCUUAAAAAAAAUCUGUAGAGUGUUUCCCUGUGGUUGAUCCUAUAUCUUCUGUUGUUCUGCUCCUGACAAAGACAAAGAAUGAGCAUUAUCAGGUGAACAAAUGGGUGGAGAUUUAGAGGUUUUUUGUUCAUUUGGAUAAACUUGUUGACACCCUUCUUUAGAAAUAAAAUUUCCUGCCUCUGAGCAGGAGGGUUGGAGUGUGUACCUCUUUAUAUGGCUUCCUUUUUUGACUCCAGGGAAGCAAGUGUGCCAGUGCAUUUGUAUAUUGUGGUAGAAGGAAACAUUUUCUUAAGACAAGUGUUGUGAUUGUUCUCAUGAGGUUACACGAGUAGGCUAAUAAUUUCCAUAACAUACGUUAGGAAUCAUCAUCUGACAAUUUAGUUAACCAAAUAGGUCAUAACGGUGAAAUCAGCAUUAAAAAUAUACACAAAUAGGUCACAAACAUUUUGCUCACCGAAAGGUAAUUCAACACAAUCUUUCAAAAAUAAAGAGAUGGUUACCAAAAGCUCAAUAAUAGGAUAAUUUAUUGUCCAGUAACAGCCAAUCUCAUGAGGAAUCCAAUCAAAGAUGUGGAUCAUUUGACUUCUUAAAUGUUUUCCCCCGCUAGAAAAAGGCUGAUGCAUCUGCUUUUGCUGGACAGGAGGAAUUUGAAGUGGUGAAGACUUUCAGCUGGAGGCCUGGAAAAGGUACUUUUUUGGGGUGGGGAGGAAAUGGCUGAGAAGUACAAUCUUAGCUUUGAAUACCAGAGAUUCCCAUAUUCCUGGGAGAAGGCCCUGUAGUUCAAUAGUAGAAUACAUACCGUACCUUGUACAGUAUAUCUCCCAAGCUCUCAAUCCCUGUAAGAGACUUUGAGUAGCAGAACUGGGAAAGAGGACAGCCACUGCUAGUCCUUGCUGGUCUUGUUCAGUAGAUGGUAGCUCCUUAUAAUAUUACAUACAUAUAUCGCUGGGAUCUGCCCUCUCGGGAGACAGUGGAAGAGUGCGCCUUCGGGGGUUGAAGUCAAACUGUUGGAGCCUGCUGUGGCUAUGUUUUUAUCUCCAUGAACUGGAACGUGUGCAGAGGAGGACAACCAAGAUGAUCAGGGGUCUAGAAACCAAGCCUUUUGAGGAACAGUUGAAGUUGCUGGGUAUGUUUAGCCUGGAAAAGAGGAGACUCAGAGGAGAUAUGAUAGCCAUCUUCAAAUAUCUUAAGGGCUGUCACAUGGAAGAUGGAGCAAGUUUGUUUUCCCCUGCUCCAGAGGGUAGAACUCAAACCAAUGGCUUCAAGUUACAAGAAAGGAGAUUCCGACUAAACAUCAGGAAGAACUUUCUGACAGUAAGAGCCAUUCAACAGUGGAAUGGUCUGCCUCGGAAGGUUGUGGACUCUCCUUCCUUGGAGCUUUUAAAGCAGAGGUUGGAUGGUCAUCUGUCAAGGAUGCUUUAGUUGAGAUUCUUGCACAGCAGGGGUUGGACCUGAUGACCCUUGGGGACCCUUCCAACUCUUACGAUGAGAGCUGUGAGGCUAUAAACUGAACAAGGAAGUGCUACCAUGAGAGCUGGAAACCAAGUUUGCGACCUGGGAAGGGAGUUUUGAAGAUUACACAAACACUUUUGCUAGCUGAAACAACUUUUGUUAUAAAUGUUGGAUGGAGUAACCCCUAGCAUGUAUCCAUCCCAUAGGAGCCAACUCCUAGGGGCCAAGGGGUCUUCGCGUCUCCCCCCCCAAUAAAAUAUUUGAGGCCCCCCCCCGGCUGAUGGUCAUUACCAUUCAAAUGGUGUCUGUGCACUGUGGCAAUGUGAUCAAUCAAUUAUGCAAGGCUUACUUGCCCCCCACCCCACCCCGCAAUAUUUUAUUCCAAGAUGGUACCCCUGAUCCACUCUUGUACAAUGAGACUAACACUUCUGUUCUGUCCCCCAGUUGCAUCCCUUUUGGAUGACGCGGUGUCACCCAGCAUUUCACACUAUUCCAUGAAAGUUGCUGGCUACCUCACAGUCAUUCUGCACCCCAUCAUUCUUCCGUCUCUCUGCCACAGUCAUUCCCAGAACGACCAGUCUUCCUUCCUUGGAUGUGCUUCACAAACCCAUGACAACAUUUUCUUUUUUUUCACUUAACCGCACCAUCCCUUCCUCUCUCUGCGCUAACUGCCCCAACCGCCACUUGACCAACAUUCAGAUUCCCUUCGCAACAGUUGCCAAUGUUGCCCUGAACUGCCUCCCCUCCCAACUAGUUACGUUUUUACUUAUCCCUUGUUUUCCUCAGUCAACUAGCUUUAUGAAAUAAUAUCCGUUAAAACUGAAAGGGAAACCUCAGACAAUAUUUGAUACUAAAUGAUUACCAGGUGGGAAUUUGUAAUAUUCAAAGAUCGCCUCAAACAACAGCAGUUGUUUUCUGCUGCCACGUACAAUGAAGUGAGGAAAUGGCUAAGCUGAUUUAUCGCCUUAACCUAUCAAACUCCCUAGGUUUCUGGAUCCAUUUUGCUGUUUAAUUUAUCAAAUAAAUCAACAAAGGCUUCUUUCUUUAUAGGUUUGGCAGAACAUGCGGUGGAGAAAGCGAAAAGCGCCCUUGAGGAAUUGGAAGACUUUGAGUCACCCUACGAAGACUCUGAGUCAGAUGGCGAAGACUUAAGCAUGCCCACAGAUGCAGCUUUUAUUGAGACGAAAACUGUAUCUCACUAUGUAGAAGAGGACUGGGAUAAAGAGUUGGAAGACAACGAAAACAAUAGCAAUCCUUAUGGUAGGUGGAUGCUUCAACAUGGUUCUUUUUAAAAAAAGAAAAGAAGAAAUGCUAGAAAGCCAGGUGUCUAGGGAGAGGUGCAUUGUGGGAAGAUUUCUUUAGAACUGCUCUUGCGAUAGGCCAAUAAAAGUGUCAUAAGAACAUAAAAAGAGCUUGUUGGAUUGCUAGUCCAGCAUGCUGUUCUCAUGGUGACCAGCCAGAUAAAUGUCUGUGAGAAUCCGAUAAGCAGGAGAUAAGUUUAAUAGCACUUGUGAUUCCCAGCAGCUGGUAUUCAGAGGUAUACCAGCUCUGAUGCCUGUGGUGGUACAUAGCUUCAUGACUAUUAGCCAUUCAUAGUCAUAUCCAUGAAUUUUUAAAAAAAGUAUUCUUUGAAUAAGUUGUACCAAAUUGAGUAUGAGAUUAAAACUUAAGGGGUGUGGGUGGGUGUUUAAAAGGAAGCUACUAUGGACAUGUUUUUUUUAACCCACCCGUCUAUAGAGGACAGAGUGUGGUGUAAAAAUAGGGAUGUUUCAAGAACAAAAAAGGUAUCUCUUUUAAUCUGUGAAACUUUGGAGAUACGCAAUCUAAGACUACAUGUGUCACUCAGUUCAUAGCAACAGCAUUAGAUGUGUGAGAGAGUGGAGCAGUCUGGGAGAACAGAGUAGGCCGGGUAUAUGCACCAGUCUUUUGAAAAAGCAGUUGUAAGACAGCUAAAGAUCAAAAUCUACUUGGCACCUAGAUGCAGUGGUUGUCGAGACUACAUUGACAAAACGUACAUCCCAUCUUCUUGUAAGGCCAGCCCUGUCAUGAGGCGGAGUAAAUCAGCCGCUUCUGGUAGCAGGUGCUGUUGGGUGGCGGCGGCAGCAGCAGUUUGUUGAGCCGUUUCUCCUGAGCCCUCUGGCCAUUCCCAUUCUGAGCUGGUGCUCUGGAAGCAGCGAUACUUCCUUGCUGUUGGUCUGGGUUGGCUGACUGUCUCGCCUAGUUACCUUCUCCCAGUACAUCACAGAUGGUUGGGAAAAGCCCCUGAGAAAGCAAGCAGAGAGGGAAACAGGCCAGGGCUUGUAGUCUAGCAGCCAUCAGACAUACACACAUAUUGCUCUACUCAACAUGAUGUACUCUGGUGCUACCACUUCUGGAUUACGUACAGCAUAGACCUGUGGUUUGAGCAGUUAGUGAGCAGUAGCGCUGGAGAAUAUUAUCUUCCUGAAACUUGUUCUAAUCAAUAGAGGAAGUUUCCACUUGUUCUGCAUGACUUGCUGACAUGCUUAUUGCAAUAUGUGUGGAGUGGUGAAGGAAGGGGAAAUUAAUUAUUCAGUGGCACAACAACAACAACAACAACAACAACCAACAACAAAUUUUCUUGCCAUGUUAUUUUACUUAACAACUUGGAUCCAAAUUUCAUUGUGUUCAGCAUAGACCUUUAUAAGGCUAAAGUGAGUUGACAUACUACUUAAGUAAGUUGAUAUCCUUUGAUGAGAGUUGCAACCGAAUUGCAGAAUAAGCACACACUGAUAAACACUCUUGAGAUCCAAUUUUGUGCAUGUAUUUAGCUUUCUGUUCUCUUGGCUCAAGGAAGAAAGCUGACAACAUGGCCUUAAGGGUUGUUGACAAGAUAAAAUGAUAUCCUCUCCAUGUAUCCUGCCCUAGGCUUAUUGGAGGAAGGGUGGGAUGAGAGGAAUAAUUGUUAUCAAAAAUAAUUUGCUCUGAUGUCAAGAGGGCCUUAUUCCCUAGCGUGGGUUCUUAGAAUUGCAGCCUGUUGAAAACAGCUUUAUAGACAUAAUCAUAUUGAUUUAAAAUCACUCAACAGAUUUUGAAGAUGUGAUUCACGGCGGAGGUUUCUUGGAUCAAGAGCCAGUGGCAUGUUCAGUUCGAGAAAAGCCUUUGUAUGACCCAAGCUUGCACCAUGUAGCACCGGUGACUUGGAGACAGGUAGAGACUAUGCCAGUGGAAGGCCAAUUUGACGAUGCUGUUGACUGAGGUGACACUGGGGUAGAAAUGUGGACUUCUAAACUUAUAUUUCCUUGAAACUUACUUGAGACUCAACAUGAACACCUCUUGUAUUUUAUGGAAUAGUUUAUACAACUUGGAAACUAGAGAAGUGGAAGAUCAGAAACUAGGUGGAUGGCAAUUUUGUAGCACUUUUCGCUUUAAACUGGCUUGGAAACGGUAUAGGUUUUAUUUUUCAGUUCAGCGUGCUGUUACUUUGAGCUGCUUAUUACUUUCCCCUUGUCUCGUGUGCAAUUUUAGUUAUUUGAUUUGACACGAAUGACCUCAUUGAGCUGUCAAUCCAUAUUUGUAUCCAUGUUACAAACUCAACAUCGUAACUGUUGCGCUUCAGUUUUCUUGUAAAUGUUAUUUAUUGGACUUUGGUGUUCUGACAGGAUCGCUCCUGAAGAAUACAGGCUUUUUGAGUGUGUACAAUGUGUGUGUCUCAUUUAAUGUGAUUGUCAAUAUAAAUGUGGGG